AUGCAACCUCCUACCUGUGUAGGCAUUCGCGUUAGGUCACCUCUUGAUGCUAUAACUAUAAUCCAUGCUGUUCACCUAGGGAUACUCCCACUAGUGCACCGCCGGCUUGACACCGACGAACGUCGAGCCAUACAGUCUGGCAGUGUAUAUGUAUGGGAGGAGCGAGGCCCUAAUGCAGAGGCAACAGGAUUAGGGAUUGAAAGGUGGACAGAUUCGAUUUCAUGGGGUCCAAGUCGAGUCAGGGAUGAGUUCCUUUUCUAUCAUGAGAGAAAACCCGCGCAACCCGAGCCUGAUAAUAGCACAGACUCGAGUGAUACAAAUUUCCAACCCAGAUACUACUACAGAAAGCCCCUAGUAAAGCAAACGUAUUCCGUGUUCGUAAGGACUCACACCGGGAGGAGAAAGUGGCAUCUAAUUGCGUACUUCACGCAAGAUACAGUGGAUCAGCUUCGCAGCAUUGAAGACCACCCGCAACUGAGAGGACUCAAUGUUCCUGACGGACUAUAUGUUUGCGCCCGUAGUGCCAAAGGCCGCCCUCGCCACUCUUCGUCAGGUUCUAUCGGAAACUAUCCAAUACCCACAGAUCCAAUACUUACUUAUCCUGCUUUGUACCCACCCAGAGUCCCGCUUAGGGCAAUCAAUCCCACUGAACGUCUGGCUCCGUUGGCCUAUUUGAAGAGGGUGCCCCCACCACGCCGCCACGCGGUGGAUCAAAUGGCUCUUAUGUCUUUCUCCGGAUUGCUGACAUCGGAUGAAAGCAUUCGUAAAAUAGAUAUCGACUCAGAGGAUUACUAUCCUUGGCGCAAAUACGAGUCGGAUUCCGACUUUCGAGUACCAUUUCGUCGUUGA